AUGCAAGACAGUUUCAGCUUCCGAGUAGGCAAGACCUUCGACUCUCUACCUGGUUCAUGGUCCCUUGGAGAUGAGAAAAUCGAUAGAAGGGAAUUACAGGAAGAAGAACGUGGUUGGUUCGGUCAAUCUUCCGAGUCUAAAGCCAACCCUAAGACUAAGCCAGAUGAUUAUGAUGAGGAGCAGUGGGAAAUUAAAACCUCUAUUGGCUUAGACCUCACACUCGACUCCGAGGACGAGGAAGAUGGAUAUGAUAAAUUGGCUGUUGGAAUGGAAGACUCUAUAGAUCGUCCUGAUAUGAAUGAGUACGUAAACGACGACGAUGAGACAGACAGUGAUGAGGUUCCCAAUUUGCUCAAGGGUUUCUCUGGAGACCCACUUGAAAUUGGCAUAAAAUCGCUUUUGAAGAGGACGAGUAUUGAUGAUCAAUUAGUCUCAUCUACAGUAGAAAAACGUGUUCGAUUUCGAGACGAAGAGGAGCAUGAAGGAUCAAAAGAUCGUUGGUCUGCAGCGGUUCCAUAUUACAUACGGAAUCCAUCAAGAUAUACACAUUAUACGUUUGAUUCAUCUAGAGACAUGGAUGACAAAUCCAACGAGCAAGCCUAUUUGAACUUCCGUAUGCAAUUUUCGAGAUUGAUGAAGUCAGAUACUAUGGAAGCCGAGGAAGUUGCUUGUAUUGCUGUUUCAAAACCAGUCGCAUUGGUACCAAGAAAGAAAUCAACUGAUGCUAGUAAGGAACUUGCGCCUUGUAGAAUCAGGCCAAUUGCUUUUCCAGACACUGAUGAUUGUGAGAUGGAGGAAGAUGAACCGGUGACAGGAUCAAGCAGUGGAAGAGCCGUCGUGCGGAGAACUAUCCCCCGCCAGUUUCGUACAAACACCAGCUUAAUUGGAGUUGGAUGA